AUGUUCAGUGUAGCUCGAGCCUUGUCGGUCCGGAGUCUAGUUCGGCCUCUGUCGACCUCGCCGUCCUCGGGCUUAUGGCAACCCCAAGACCUGGCCCUUCCGUCCGCCACCUCGUUGGCUGAUGCGUCGCACAAUCCCAUGGCCAACCUCGUGCCCAUUGUGGUCGAACAAACCGGACGCGGGGAACGAUCCUACGAUAUCUAUUCCAGAUUACUGAAGGACCGCAUCAUUUGUCUCAUGGGCCCGGUCAACGACGUGAUCUCGAGUCUGGUCGUGGCCCAAUUGCUCUUCCUUCAGUCCGAAUCCAGUAAGAAACCCGUCCACAUGUACAUCAACAGCCCCGGUGGGUCGGUCACGGCCGGUCUAGCCAUCUACGACACCAUGCAGUACGUGCGCCCGCCCAUCGCCACUUGGUGCGUGGGGCAAGCUUGCUCCAUGGGCAGUCUGCUCUUGGCCGCGGGUUCGCCGGGUAUGCGACAUUCGUUGCCCAAUGCCCGCAUUAUGGUCCAUCAGCCCUCGGGCGGGGCCCAGGGACAAGCCACGGACAUCCAGAUUCAGGCCGAGGAAAUCAUCAAGUUGAAGAAGCAGUUGAACUUGAUCUAUGUGCGACACACCGGACAGACGCUGGACUUCAUCGAGCAGAACAUGGAGCGGGACAAGUUCAUGAGUCCCGUCGAGGCCAAGACGUUUGGUUUGGUGGAUCAGAUCCUGGAACACCCACCCAAGGCCACCGAGGUGCCGGCCCCGGAUUCACCUGCCUCAUCUUAGAUCGAUUGAUCGUGACAUUUUUGGCUUAUAAAUAAAUGAUAAAAGAUUC